AUGUCUGUCUCCAGAGCUCUUCUCCUUCUGCUCGCUUCGCGGGCGCUGGCCCUGCCCCGCGAGCCCCUCGAGGCCCGACAGGUUCCCAGCGGCGUGCUGCACCUGCCGCUGGUCAACAUGCCGGCGAGCCCGGCCGCCGGCGCCAAGUUGCGGCGCCAGAUCUCGUUGAGCAUGGACCAGUACCUGUACAGCGACAACGCGGUCGCCGUCGGCGCCGUCUUCGAUGUCGGCACGCCCCCGCAAAAGGUCAUCCUCGAGCCCGACACGGGCUCGACCGACCUGUGGCUGCUCGGUCUGCAGCCGGGCCAGGCGCGCGAGGGCGGCCCCGGCGGCCCCGCGUCUACCUUUUUCGACCAAAACGCUAGCACCUCCCUGACGGCGCUCGGCGGCCCCCCCGUGUCGCACAGCUUUGCGAGCGAGCGCAUCACCACGGAGAACUACGCCGACAUCUUCUCCUACGGCGGUAACGCAGGCAAGUCUCUUGGCAACUUGACAAUGGGCCUGGGCGACCUGACUAAGCCCGGCGACAAGCUGUCGCGCCAGGUCGGCGUCAUCGGCCUCGUCCCGAGCGAGAACAGCGCGGACCCCAAGUCCUUCAUCCUCGAGCGGCUGCUCGACCAGAACCUCGUCAAGAGCAAGAUGUUCAGCAUCGGCGUGCGCAAGCACGGCCAUGGCGCGCUCACGUUUGGCGGCUACGACACGAGCAAGUUCUCCGGGCCCCUCGAGAAGCUCCCCAUGGUCAGGUCCCGUUCCAACCAAUUCUAUGGCUUCGCGCUCAAGUCCAUCUCGUUCAAGAAGAGCACCAGCGACGCGCCCGUCGAGCUCUACACAAAGGGCGAGAAGGGCAAGCCGCUCGACAUGGGCCUCGACUCGGGCACCGUGAGCCUGCACCUCGUCAAGGGCGCGCCCGCCACGAAGGUGUUUGUCGACAGCACGGGCGCGACCGCCGGCGCGGACGGCAAAUACCGGUUUGACUGCGCCGUGGUCGACGGCGGCGCCAGCUUCGAGUUCCAGGUCACCGACCAGGUCGCCAUCUCGAUGCCUCUAGCCGACUUUGUCGAAACGCGCCUCGACGGUGGCAAGACGUGCCAGAUGCUCAUCGCAGUCAGUAACCGCAUGUCUACUAACGUUUGGGCUGGCCGUCAGUUCUUGCGCCGCUCGUACGUCAUCCACGACCACGAGGGCCAGACAAUGUAUGUUGCCAGGGGCGCCGACUGUGGCUCCAGCGUUGUUGCCAUUGACGGCGCCAUGCCGGAUGGUAUCACUGGUACAUGCCAGCGUGAGGAGGCCGAAGCAGUGGAGGUGCCGCCCAAGGCUCCCGGUGCCACCACUCCUUAA